AUCGGCAUUCAGCACAGCAGCCACCUCUUACCACGCCCCACGGCACCACCCCAACGUGAUGGCGGUGAGCAACAACAUCACGGCAUGCGUGACGCUGCUGGCGCUGAUCUGCGCGGUGCCCGUGAUCGCGUCGGGGGUGUGGUUCGCGUCGGCGCAGGGCGAGGAGUGCGCGCGCCUGGCGCGGUGGCCCGUGGCCAUCCUGGGCGGGCUGCUCCUGCUGGCCGCGCUGGCGGGCUUCGUGGGCGCGUACUGGAACCGGCGCGGCCUGCUUGCCUUCUACCUCUUCGCCAUGGCGUCGCUCGUCGUGCUCCUCAUCGCGCUCCUCGCCUUCGCCUUCGCCGUCACCCGCGGGUCCGGCGCCUACCCCGUGCUCGGCCGCGCCUACGACGACUACCGCCUCGACGGCUUCUCCAUGUGGCUCCGCGGGUACGUCUCCGACGACCCCGGGCGCUGGGACAAGGUCAGGGCCUGCCUCGCCGUCUCCGACACCUGCAAGAAGCUCGCGCGCCAGGCCGCCUUCACCAGCGCAGACCAGUUCUAUCAGUCGCACCUCUCCCCGCUCCAGUCCGGGUGCUGCAAGCCGCCGUCGGUGUGCGGGUUCAGCUACGUGAGCCCGACGGUGUGGUCCGCCCCGGCGGCGCGGCCGGCGGCGGACGCGGACUGCGGGCUGUGGAGCAACGACCCGGGGCAGCUGUGCUACGGGUGCGAGUCCUGCAAGGCGGGCCUCCUGGAGGCGCUCCGGGACCAGUGGCACAAGGCCAACGUCGCCCUCGUCGUCGCCACCGUCGCCCUCGUCAUCCUCUACCUCGUCGGCUGCAGCGCCUACAAGAACGCGCAGGCCGCCGCCAUCUUCGGACGCCGCAAGUAUUAGCUAGCUAGCUGCCAUGUUAGUUUUUUUUUGCGCUUUUUUUUCUUUAUUGUCAUGUGGGUUGUGGAUUAUGGAUUGCGUAUGUGUGUCCCCCCUGGUGGAGAGAAGCAUUUGUAGCGGUGGCGUGGUGUGUGUUUCCGGACUUGGUUCAUCAUGGUAGUGUGAUACAUGUGUAAGAUUAGUUACUUUAAUUAC